UAUAAUUGUAUAAUUCUAACCAUAUGAUCAUAAACUUACAAUUAAAGAAGUAUACUUACACAGAUAAUUUUUUGUUCAUAAAAAUAUAAUUAAUAUAAAAUAUAAAUGUAUAAAACACUUAUAAUAUUAAAAAAAAAUUAUAGCAACAAGUCAAUUUUAUUACAAGGAAUAAAUAUUAUGACACAGAAUAAUCCAAUAGAACUUUCAAUAAAAAAAAAAUUAAUAGAUUCUUUAAAUCCAUCUUACAUCGAAGUAAUAAAUGAAUCAUAUAUGCACAAUGUUCCUAAAGGAUCUGAAACACAUUUCAAAGUAAUUGUCGUUUCUGAUUUGUUUAAAGAUAAACCACUUAUUAAGCGUCAUCAAAUGAUAAAUAAAUUAUUAAAAGCAGAAUUACAAGGAAGUGUGCAUGCAUUAUCAAUUAUAGCGAAGACAUCUGAUCAAUGGAAAGACAAAUGUAAUAUAUCACCAAGUCCAGUUUGUAGAGGUGGUUUUGGAAGAUAAUUUUUGUUAUAUAUAU